AUGGCUCAUACGAUCUCGAGCCCCGAAUCGAUUGUGACACCAGAUCCAAGCUUGGAUGGACUGGAUCUUGCACUUACAGGGAUGAGAACAGACACGUCAGUACCCGCGGAUGCAGUGGCUAUUGUUGAGUCCCCGAACAACACAGUAAUUGAUCAUCUUAAUGGGGCUCGUAGAUCGUUCUCUUCCCAAGCAAGCACGAGUGAGCGAAAGUUCGAUUCCCGUCGCUGGACACCAACUAUGCUUUCUUCUAUCAACUGGCUGCCCAUAAGUUCAUCGCCGAAAAUGGGUCACGAUUCCAUGCUUAAUCCAUUGAACUUCACUCGGUCUCCAGCUUCAAAUUACUACCCCAUCGUGCAUGCCGUUGUGCAGAGUACGGUGGCCACCACCAAUACACCCCUCUUGAAUUCGUCGAGCAAUGACCCAAUCGAACACAGAUUAACCACGAAUGGAGAAUUUGACUUAGAGGAGAGUACGGGAAUACUGCCUAGUAUCAAGCGACAGAAGCUUGUUGCCAGACGUCCGUUAGAAUUGCGCAGCAGUAACUUUGGUUGGAGGCUUUUCUGGUUGCCACCUAUUGCUCGAAUCAACCCUACUGGACACCACUUCGCGGAUUUCGAACACGAGAGCAUGCGCGACGCUUUUUUCGACUUGUGUGUCAAUUGCAGUCCUGUUAUGUCGCCUUUUCUAAGCGACGACUUCCCUACUGUUGAGGCCUUCAAUCACUUGAUGGAUCUGUUCUUCGAGCAUGUUCAUCCUUCCAUACCUUUUGUACAUCGCCCGACGUUCAAUCCGGAUCAUGAAGGACGCUGGAUCCUGCUACUCUCUAUGGUUAGCAGCAGUUGCUGGUUUCUCAACGACCAAACAUCUGACGACUUUGCUGAGUCAAUGUUGGAAUUUCUAAGACGAGUGACUCUUUUCUACGAUUCAUCAAACCUGUGGCAGAAGACAUUUACCAAUUGCCGACAAGCGCAGAUUCGCCUCCUUUUCUUGCUGUCAAGUUCGGGGUCGAGAGAUGAGGCUGUCAAGGUGUGGAGUGAUCGUUGUAUGGGAGAAUUGUGUUAUCUUGUAAAUACCUCAAUAUGUCAGUCAUACCCGAAGGCGCAGUAUGAAAAGGCUGGUAUGCCCGUUGAUGCUGAAUGGAUUGACUGGUCGGAGUAUGAACAAACAAUACGUACCGCUUUUCUGGUCUGGCAAAUAGGCUUUCUGCGAUCGAUACAGAGUCCGGACAGUCGGCCGCCGGUUUCGCUUGAUUCUAUUGCGCGGAUACGCCUGCCCUGCACAGAUGAUAUGUUCGAAGCAACUAGCGCUGAAAUCUGGCAGAAAAUGGAGGAGACAUCUUCGCGAGCCACAUUUCAAGAAGCGUUGCAGAGUUUAUACAUUGACAAGAAGCUCUUGCCCGACUUAAGUGACUUCAGCCAUAUCCUUCUAGUCUAUGGCGUUGUGCAAAGGACACGAGAAGUUCAUGACCUUGUGCGCCAGCCACUUUCUCUCAUUGAACCUGUGGCAGAGAGACGAGAAAGUAAGGAGAUAGGAAUGCAACAGGCUGAUUGGCCGGCGAGUGUGCCACUCUUUCUGAAAUGGCGGAACUCUGCCUGCGAUUGUCUUGAUAUCCUGCACUGGCAAGCCAAUGCUACCACGAACAUGGCUGACGGAUUAGAGCCAACCAAAGUGCUGCAUCUUCACUUCGCUCGAGUAUCUAUGCUCUCGCCCCUCCAAGAAUUGCUAACACUUGCUCGGCUCGUAAGGCUUCCCUUCCGAAGCAUAGCCAAUACCAGCAGUAGCCCAUCAGAAGAGGUCGAACUCAAAUGCGCAAUUCAACGUUGGGCAACCAACGACCAUCACAAGGCUCGUCUAGCAGCAAUCCAUGCAGGUAUGACAUUCUGGCAUAUUCGACGGUAUUCGUUGAACGCACAUUACGAAGUAAUAGCUGUUCUUACAGCCACGCUUUGUUUGUGGGCUCUUAGCACGUUUUCGACCACGGUGACGCCCACGGUACACUCCCCGUCCGAGACAGAGUCCUCUCACCAGCCAUCCAGGUAUAGCAUUAUAUCCAUCGAUAGUCCAGUAAAUAGUGAUUUAGUGAAACAGUUUGUGAAGCAGGGACAAACGAUGCAUGCAAAGAUGUCGGGAGUGGAAAAUUUGUGGACAGCUAACGGUUCUCAUCAAGUGCUGAUAGAGGGCAGAAAGUUGUUGACAUCACUCAAUGCUUGGUCUGGUCAGACUGAACGGGCAGUCGCACUUAUUGAUGGUCUUAUGGCAGCCAGUAUUUAA